UGAAUUUUUUCGGUGAGAUACUGUUGAGAUCUCAACAAACUCCUUUAGGCUUGAGAUGGAAAUGAUCGUGUGUGGAUAACCCCCUCUGCAACAUUGACCCAUAACAUAGCCCAUAGCUUAAAUGUGACCGAUCAAGGGCAUUUUCUAGGUCUUAAAGAUAAAUUUUCAACCACAUCUGCGAAAGGGGUUGGCUGAAAUCAUCUAUACGCGUCUUACUAAGACUAUAAACAUUUAAUCAAGAAAAGUCAAUGCAAAUAGUGGUUGAAAUUGAAUAACAGAAGGAUCUGUGAUGGGUGGAAGGCCAUUGAUGAAGGGCAUGUAUUCUUAUCUUCAAUAAGCAGAAGGGGCCCAAUGGUAUCCUUAAACAUUUGUGCACACAUUCCAACACAUAAGGAAAAAUGGUAGAAAAAGAGAGUGAUUUUCAAAGACAAAACCGCACUGCAAAGGGUGGUGAGUCUGGUGACCAACACUCCAACCUACCAUAAUUGUUGCCAGCCAGGUUAGAAAACCCAAAACCAUGUUCUGGUUUCGAAAGGAGAAAAAAAAACUUUGAAGAACUAGAGAAAAUGUUGAGUCUACAAUUAAUGCUGGCGGUGUGGCUCACCAAAUGACAUGGUCAACCUCCUUCUGCAGCCUUAAAUGACCCCUAUAAAUAUUCUCUGCAACCCUUCGGCUUCUCCACACCCUUCCUCAUUUACUAGCUUUCCUUGCUAUCUCUCUUUUUGUGUAAAAUUUCUCCUGCUUUCCUUCGUCAGCUCUAUUGGGGGGCGCAUAUUCAUUAACAUUGAAACUGGAAGCAUGGUGUUUCCAAUGGUUUUUCUCAAGAUUAUGGACUGGGUUGUGUACCAACUAUUGGCCAACUCAUGUUAUAGAGCUGCAAGGAAGAUGAGGAACUAUGGUUUCUUUCUGAGGAACCCUUCUCUUAGAACAUCACAACAAUAUCCCUCGUUCCCUAGUGUGACCAAAUGUUGUUUGGAGGGCAGAGGGUCUCAUACUUUGGUCUGUGACAUUGAUGGAGCUUUGUUAAGAUCCCAGUCUUUCUUUCCUUAUUUCAUGUUGGUUGCUUUUGAAGGUGGUAGCAUUUUCAGAGCAUUUCUCUUGCUGCUAUCUUGGCCCUUUUUGUGGGUGCUUGACUCUGAGCUCAGAUUCAGGGUAAUGAUUUUCAUUUCCUUUUGUGGGCUUAGGUUGAAGGACAUGGAGAGUGUUGGUAGGUCUGUUUUGCCUAAGUUUUAUCUUGAGAACCUCAACCUUCAGGUCUAUGAGUUAUGGGCUUCAACUGGCUCUAGGGUUGUCUUCACAAGUGUCCCUAGAGUGAUGGUUGAAGGCUUUCUCAAGGAAUAUUUGAGUGUUAACCAUGUUAUAGGAACUGAGUUGCAGACUGUUGGGCAAUAUUUUACUGGUUUGCUGUCUGGUUCUGGUUUGCUUGUAAAGUGCAGUGCUCUCAAGGAAUUCUUUGGAGAGAAAAAGCCUGAUAUUGGCCUUGGAAGUUCAAGCCUCCAUGACCACCAUUUCAUCUCCUUGUGCAAGGAAAGUUAUGUGGUGACCAAUGAGGACAGUAAGAGCAGCGCAAGUUCAGUGAUGACAAGGGACAAAUACCCAAAGCCUCUGGUGUUUCAUGAUGGAAGGUUAGCUUUCUUGCCCACCCCUUGGGCAACUCUUUCCAUGUUCUUGUGGCUUCCUCUAGGCAUAGUCCUAGCCAUCUAUAGGGUUUGUAUUGGCAUCUUCCUUCCCUACAAGAUGGCCAAUUUGUUGGGUGUUUGGAGUGGUAUUGACAUAAGGCUCAAAGGGAAUGACAUUAACCCUUCAAAGUAUAAUAAUAGAAAAGGGGUUCUCUAUGUUUGCUCACAUAGGACACUCUUGGAUCCUGUUUUUCUGUGUACAACCCUGGGGAAGCCCUUGACUGCAGUCACAUACAGCCUAAGCAAGACGUCUGAGAUUAUAGCUCCAAUAAGAACAGUUAGGUUGACAAGGGACAGAAAAAAAGAUGGAGAAACCAUGCAGAGGUUGCUGAGUGAGGGUGACUUGGUGGUUUGCCCUGAAGGAACCACAUGCAGAGAGCCUUAUCUCUUGAGGUUUAGCUCUUUGUUUGCCGAGUUAGCUGAUGAGAUUGUUCCUGUUGCCAUGUACACACAUGUGACCAUGUUCUAUGGCACAACUGCAAGUGGUUUGAAAUGCCUAGACCCCAUCUUCUUCCUCAUGAACCCUAGGCCAAGCUACCAUGUUCACGUCCUUGGGAAAUUGCCCAAGGAACUCACAUGCGCUGGAGGGAGACCUAGCUGUGAAGUGGCGAACUACAUUCAAAGACAACUGGCUGAUGCUUUGGGCUUUGAGUGCACCACUCUUACAAGAAGGGACAAAUACAUGAUGCUUGCUGGGAAUGAAGGGGUGGUCCAGAACAAGUGAAAGGAAAAAAUACCUACUAGCUACCCCACCAAAUAUAUCACCUUCCCACUAAUGGCCUUCCCAUUUUACUUUCCUUUUUCUUUUUUCUUUUUUUCCAUGGGCAAAUUUUUGUUAUUAUAACUGUUGUUUCUCAAUGAUAUAUGGGGGAAAAUCUUAGAUGAUAUUUCUUAGUAUAUACAUAUGUGUAGCAAAAGGGUACAAUCUCCAUAAUGAAGGGUCUUUUUAUUUUUA